ACUGCUAUGAGAGAGGCAAGAGAGAAACCUCAGACCCAGGGCCCUCACGACUAGCUCUGCCUGUGUGUGGGUGCUGGAGGCCCAUGACUGCCGCGAUGUUCUAGGCACUGCCCACGAUUGACUGAAAUCCCUGGGGAUGGCACCCAGUCCUACAAGUCUGCAUUCCCCAGCAGCUGAGCUGGGAGGUGGGCUCGGCUCCUGAACUUGGCCCAGACAGAAAGCAUAACACACACUCACCAGGGAGAGUCUGCCUGAUUCUGGGCCACUCGGAGUGCAAGUAGAAGGUGGCCAAGCCUGGGAGAUGCAGAGUACAACUAAUUACCUAUGGCACACUGAUGACCUGCUAGGCCAGGGGGCCACUGCCAGUGUGUACAAGGCCCGAAACAAGAAAUCUGGGGAAGUGGUCGCUGUAAAGGUCUUCAACUCAGCCAGCUACCGGCGGCCCCCCGAGGUCCAAGUGAGAGAGUUUGAGGUGCUGCGCAAGCUGGAUCACCAGAAUGUUGUCAAGCUGUUCGCGGUGGAGGAAACGGGAGGCAGCCGGCAGAAGGUGAUAGUCAUGGAGUACUGUUCCAGCGGGAGCCUGCUGAGCGUGCUGGAAGACCCUGAGAACACAUUUGGGCUUCCUGAGGACGAGUUCCUGGUGGUACUGCGCUGUGUGGUGGCUGGCAUGAACCACCUGCGGGAGAAUGGCAUUGUCCACCGGGACAUCAAGCCUGGUAACAUCAUGCGUCUGGUGGGGGAGGAGGGACAGAGCAUCUACAAGCUGUCGGACUUCGGGGCUGCUCGGAAGCUGGAUGAUGAGGAGAAGUUUGUCUCUGUCUACGGUACGGAGGAAUACCUGCACCCUGACAUGUAUGAGCGGGCCGUGCUUCGCAAACCCCAGCAAAAGGCGUUCGGGGUGACUGUGGAUCUCUGGAGUAUUGGGGUGACCCUGUACCAUGCAGCCACCGGUAGCCUGCCCUUCAUCCCCUUUGGUGGGCCCCGGCGCAACAAGGAGAUCAUGUACAGAAUCACCACCGAGAAGCCAGCCGGGGCCAUUUCAGGGACUCAGAGGCAGGAAAAUGGGCCCCUGGAGUGGAGCUACAGCCUCCCCAUCACCUGCAGACUGUCCAUGGGGCUGCAGAACCAGUUGGUACCCAUCCUGGCCAACAUCCUGGAGGUCGAGCCGGCUAAGUGCUGGGGCUUUGACCAGUUCUUUGCGGAGACCAGCGAUAUCCUACAGCGAACUGUCAUCCACGUCUUCUCCCUGCCCCAGGCGGUCUCGCACCACGUCUACAUCCACGCCCACAACACGAUUGCCAUCUUUUUGGAGGCUGUAUAUGAGCAGACCAGCGUGCCCCCCAAACACCAGGAGUACCUCUUUGAGGGUCACCCUUGUGUCCUUGAGCCAAGCCUCUCGGCCCAGCACAUUGCUCCUACAGCUGCCAGCAGCCCCCUGAUCCUGUUCAGCAUGGCCAGUGACACACCCAAGGGCCUGACCUUCAGGGACCCUGCUCUGGAUGUCCCAAAGUUCGUACCCAAGGUGGACCUACAGGCAGAUUACAGCACAGCUAAGGGGGUGCUGGGUGCUGGCCACCAGGCUCUGUGGCUGGCGCGGGCCCUGCUGGAUGGGCAGGUGCUGAUGCUUCGAGGGUUACACUGGGUCCUGGAGGUGAUUCGGAGUACGUGCCAGCAGACACUGGAGGUCACGCGGACAGCCCUCCUCUUCCUCAGCAGCAGCCUGGGCAGUGAAAGGCUCAGCAAUGGGGCUGGGAUGCCCGACUUCCAGGAACUAAAGGAGGCCACAGAACUGAGGUCCAGGCUGCAGACUUUCUCAGAGGUCCUCUCUAGAUGUUCCCACAAUGUCACAGAAACCCAAGUGAGCCUGAGCUGCCUGGGCGGAGAGCUUCUUAAGAACCAGAAUCUGAUCCACGAGGACACCAGGAGUAUCCAGAAGAUUCGGUGUUGUUUGGACAAGAUGCACUUCAUCUACAAACAAUUCAAGAAAUCGAGGAUGAAGCCAGGGCUCAGCUACAACGAGGAGCAGAUCCACAAGCUGGAUAAGGUGAAUUUUAGCCACUUAGCCAAGAGGCUGCUGCAGGUGCUCCAGGAGGAGUGUGUGCAGAAGUAUCAGGUAUCGCUGGUCACACAUGGCAAGCGGAUAAGGCAGGUGCAGAAGGCCCAGAACCACCUGCGGCUCAUUGGCCGCUCUGUGGCUGCCUGUAACGCAGAAGCCCAGGAAGCCCAAGCCAGCCUGAGCAAGAUCUUUGAUCGGCUCCUUCUGGACAGAGCAGCAGGAACUCAGAUCCCACCACACCCCGUGGUGGCUCCCCAUCCCAGCCCUGACCCAAAGGACCUGGUCUUCCACAUGCAGGAGCUUUGUAACGAUAUGAAGCUCUUGGCCUUUGAUCUCCAAGACAACAACCGCCUCAUCGAACGGUUACAGAGAGUUCCAUCGGCACCAGACGUCUGAGCCCCAUGGGGUGGCAGGAGGCGCUUGGAAGCCUUCAGAAUCAGUCAUACUCUACCCCUGUACCGUGACACCAAAUCCAGGGCGAGAUCUGGCCCCAUCUCAUCAGCCUACCUCCAUCUUGGCCACUGGCCAGCAAGCUAGCAUUACUUUGGCUGCCUGUCGUCUUGGGAAGCAGUUGCGAUGGGGUUUCCUAGCCAUCCCGGACAGUACCCACAGGAGAACAGGCAGCUGCUGCUGCCUUAUCCAGACACCGGGCCUGGGGGUCUGACCUCAGGAGGGCCUGGGGAAGAGCCUGAGCCCUCCCACUACUCUGCCCUUCCAUGGACCAGCAGACUCUCAGGGGGCUCCUCUGGGGUGCUGGAGCAGAGAACUAAAUCGCCAAGGCUUCCCAGUGAACACUGCCUGCUUCUUUCUGAGUGUUCCCAUCCCUGGCCACGGGCAACCCACAAACUGCCCCCUUGUGCUUUGUCUGGAAGAACCUGCGUUUGAGAAGGUGGGUGGUUGAGGCCAACAGCUGUCGCUUUGGGGACCUUCCUUUUGCUUCCCCUUCCUGGGGCUCCCCUUGGUGCUAAGAAACAGCUGGUCAGAAUCAACAACAGAUAGAGAACCCAGAGUCCUAAGGAGACAGCAGGCCUACACCUUCGGAAAUGGAAUAAAUGGACCACCUUUUCUAUUU